CUCCCUCUUCCCCUCCCGCUCGUCUGUCAGCGUCUCUCGUCCGCCUCCCCCUCCGUUCUCUUGUCUGGUUUCUUUGCACAGAAGCCAGCCGAGGUCCCACCGGGUCGAAGGUUCUGCCCUACCUGCACAGUACGUCUGACAGUCCGGACCGCCGCCGCGCGCUACCCCGCUUGCUCUCCUCUGCCGCCGCAUGGACCCUUGUCUCUCCGCCGCGUAGAGGGCGACCCCGACCUGACGCUCUUCCUCCGGCUUGACACACACAAAACGCACUAAACCCCGCAAGACGAAGAGGGCUGGGUCGCUGAGCCGGGAGUUUGCUGUCGCUGCUGCUGUGGGUGACUUCCUGGGCUUUUUCUGAGCCGCUCCAAAGGAUGUCCGCUGCACGCAUUGCUGCUGAAUCCCGGUGAACGAACAGCGUCUCAUGUCCGCACAUCGGAAGGAUGGCUCAUGGCAAAGUGACCAUCACAGUGGAUGAGUACAGCUCCAACCCGACACAGGCCUUCACACACUACAACAUAAACCAGAGCCGCUUCCAACCUCCACAUGUCCAUAUGGUGGAUCCAAUUCCCUAUGACACUCCAAAGCCGGCUGGCCACACCAGAUUUGUGUGCGUAUCAGACACACACUCGCGUACCGAUGGCAUCCAGAUGCCCUACGGCGAUGUACUGCUGCACAUGGGGGAUUUCACGGAGCUGGGCCUGCCCUCUGAGGUCAAGAAGUUCAACGACUGGCUAGGUGGCCUUCCUUAUGAGUUUAAGGUGGUAAUCGCCGGGAACCACGAGUUGACCUUUGAUAAGGACUUUAUGGCUGAGCUGGUCAAGCAGGAUUACUACCGUUUCCCCUCAGUCUCCAAACUCAAACCAGAGGACUUUGACAAUGUCCAGUCGCUCCUCACAAACUGUGUGUACCUGCAGGAUUCGGACGUCACCAUAAAGGGAUUCCGGAUAUACGGCACACCGUGGUCUCCGUGGUUCAAUGGCUGGGGCUUCAAUCUGCCUCGGGGUCAGUCUCUGCUGGAUAAAUGGAACCUCGUCCCAGAAGGCAUCGACAUCCUGAUGACCCACGGCCCUCCGUUGGGUUUCCGAGACUGGGUUCCGAAGGAGUUACAGAGGGUUGGCUGUGUGGAGCUGCUCAACACGGUCCAGAAGAGGGUGCGACCCAAACUCCAUGCCUUUGGAGGCAUACAUGAAGGCUACGGCAUCAUGACAGACGGUUACACAACAUUCGUCAACGCGUCGACCUGCACCGUCAGCUUCCAGCCGACCAACCCUCCCAUCGUGUUUGACCUGCCCAACCCUUCCAGCUCCUGAGAGCAGAGGAAAGGGGGGCAGGUGGCACUUGGAAAGAAGAAAACAAUUUUCUACAAGUAUGUCGAUUUAAAAACACAAAAAACAAAGAAUGUGUUUUUUGCAAACUGAUGGUCCUCUCCAAAAUGAUGAAUAUUUGGAGACGUGUCAGGAUAGACAGGGCAACGUAGACUUAAAGGAGAAUAUCGGUGUUCUUUUUUUUAAUUAUUCUGGUAUGUUCUGUGAUUCAGUUUGCCAAACACAAUCAACAAGUUUGGCAGAUUUCAUAUAAAGGCUUUCCUUUCCAUUAAUUUUCCAAUUAUGAGCCCCUUUUUUUGGCCUGACUUAAAUUACUGACUUAAAUUUCAUCUCAGAGCUCCAGUUUCUUUUCUUUUUAUCACAGGGAGACAAAUCCAUUAACCACACCGGAAUGCAGAAAGAAUUUUGGGAGGCGGACACUGGUAUUCUCCUUUUCCAGGGGGAUUUUGUGAUUAAACAAUCUUGCUCUUGAUAAAUAUUGUCCACAUCUGUAAGAUAAGUGAUGCUUUGUGAAUUUGUACAAUUUCCUUGUUCGGUUUAACGUUGACCGAACAAUGAAUGCCCUCAAUGUGUUACUGUUGUGUCAUCUAUUUUGUGUUUAGUUUUCAUUUUUUUAUUUUUUGUUAUUGGCUGACAGAGACGCUGCCUUAAACUAGCUUUAAUGUUCUCAGCUAGAGAUCCACUCUCUCUCUCUGUGAGAUCAGAGAAAAAAAAAAUGUCCUUAUUUAUUGUCAAACACCUGGCGGACGCAGGGACCGAAAGCUAUUGAAUUACAGCCCAAAUGUUUACUUUAUAGUCAAUCCCAUUCAAUGACUCCUGAUCUAAUUUGGAAAGUUAAUGUAUAAAAAGUAUAUAUAUUAUAUAUUCAUGUUGUAAAACCUCUGUACUGAAAGUUUUGUUUGAAGGGGGGAGGAAAGAUUUUCCUUUAUAAUUUCCUUGACAGAAAAUGUAAUCGUUUUUUAAUCUUGAUCAUUUUGGAUGAAAGGAAAAGAAAAAUUUUCAGUCACAAUCCAUCAGGUGCUCUUUAUUCCCAGCAACGCGCCUGCCUAAACAUGCUUAAGUUGUCCUUUCAAGUGUCAAAUCAGAUUUUUUUUUUCCUGUUUUAUUUUGCUGUUUUCUUUCUAAUUUUGCACUGUGUGUAAAUGCAAUCUUGCUAGCACAAAAAAAAACAUUGCCAAUAGUAGUUUUGACUUUGCUGCUGUAAAUGCUCUUUUCGUGCUCUCUCUCUCUCUUUCUCUCUCUCUCUCUCUCUCUCUCUCUCUCUCUCUCUCUCGCUCUCUCUCUGAUUGUAUGGAAAUGUUAGUCCUCUCUUUUCAGUUCAUUGUGAUAUAUUUA